AUGAGGAAAAGGAGGAGGAUGAGAAGAACAAGCAAGAGGAGAAGAAGGAGGAGAAGUAGAAGGAUGCAAAGACGAAGAAAAUCUAAAGAAGCUCGGAAUAAGAAGGAGAAAGCGGUGGAGCAGAAUAAAGAGGAAAAGGAGGAAGAUGAGAAGAACAAGAAGAAGGAAUGGAUUAAGAAAAACAGUUAUCAACAAAAAUUACUUUUUUGUAUUACAUGCAAGAAACAUCUAGAGUGCGUAAAGUGGUUAAUUGGUUAUGCAGCUCGGAAUAAGAAUAAGGAAGUAGAGAAAAAAGAGGAGAAAAAGAAGAGAGGGAAGAAGACACGUGAGGAGAAAACGAAGGAGGAGACAACAAAUAAAAAUAAGUGGGCAAAGAAGAACGAGGAGUUUUAUAAGAAAGAAAAGGAUGAGGAGAAGCAGGAUGCAAAGAAGAAGAUGUAG